CACGCCAUCAUGUCCGACGUUCUCAAUGCUCUUUCUGCUCGUAUCAACAACAAUCUACAACACCUGACCGCAUCCCAGCAGCAGCAGCCUCCUAAUCAGAUCCCCGAUGAAAUUCGUCUCGCUUUACUCGAUGACUGCUACGAAGUGCAACGGCUCUGCAGCCAACCCAGUGAUUACCUGGAGCGGCUGCAGAUGUUUAACCAGCAAUUAUCCUGCCUCCAAUGGCUAUGCCAUUUCAACGUCUUCGCGCAUAUACCCAUGACUGGAGCAAUCUCGUUCCCCGACCUCGCCGCAGCAGCCAAUGUGCCUCUCCCCGAACUGCGCCGAGUCGCGCGAAUGGCAAUGCUAGAGAGGGUUUUGUGCGAGCCCGUUGCCGACCGCGUGGCAUACGGCAAUGCCAGCUUCGCAACUUGUUUCGGUGGAGAGACGUCGCCUUCUCUUCGCCCCUGGGCCCAGUUCCUGACGGGCAUCGCCGCACCAACCGCCAUGUCCAUGGCUGAGGCCACCCAGCGCUCGAAGGACCCUUCUCAGGGAGACCUACGUAAUCCGACAGCGUACAACGUUGCCUUCGACACCCCGCUACCCCUUUUUCAGCAUCUCACGGAGUCCCCAGGAGGAGCAGACAUGUUUGCCGGGUAUAUGCGCAGCCUGGACGUGGCGGGAGGCACCGCGCAGCAUCAUCUCCUAAAGGCGUUCGCCUGGGCGUCGUUAGGAGAUGCACAUAUUGUUGAUGUGGGAGGCAGCAAUGGCCACACCUGCCAGCUCCUCAGCGCGCACUUCCCGCAGCUCCGCUUCACCGUGCAAGAUCUGCCGGAGGUGAUCGCCCAAGCCCAAGCCUCAAUCAACAACAACAACAACAACAACAACCUAACCCCUAGCAUUCACUUCACCGCGCACGACUUCCUCACCCCACAGCCCCCGACCAUCGCUCACAUAGGGGACAUCUACCUCCUACGCCGCAUCCUGCACAACUGGCCGGACCACCAGGCCACCCAGAUCCUACAACACCUGGCAGACGCCAUGGCCACGAGGAUUGCACGGGACAAGGAGACACAAAGCAUGGAGACAACACCCCCCCGGCUCCUGAUCAUGGACACAGUCCUUCCAGCCGGCCCGCACGAGAUUCCCGCCUACCAGGAGGGGCUCCUGCGUAUGCGCGACCUGGUGAUGUGGCAGAGCUUCCACAGCCAGGAGCGAGGGUGGGCCGACUGGAUGACGCUGCUGCAGUCAACGCGGCCGCCACUGCGGGUUUUGUGUCCGGUUGCGAAACCGGCAGGGAGUCAUAUGUCCGUGCUGGUUGUGGGGAUUUGA